AUGCAAGACCCUUCAGUUCUAACAGCAUGUAUGUUUUUAUCUCCAUGUUUAACGAAUGGUGCUCUGUGGUCUGCUGGGGCUCGCCCUGGUUCGAGCCUAACACUUCACAAGCGGAAGGGAGAAACUUUCCAGGAGCCAAAAUCGCCCAACAUUGAAUAUAUCAAAGAACGGAUUGGAAUUCUUUUAUUGCUUGAAAUACUUGUGGCCACAGUCACCUUCACUGCUGCGUUCACUGUGCCUGGUGGAUAUAACAGCUCUGACGGCCCAGACAAAGGAAUGGCAACCAUGUUAAAUUAUAAUAUGUUUCAAGUAUUUGUCAUAUGCAUCACAGCAGCUUUUUAUAGCUCCAUCGUCAGCAUUUUCUUCGCCUUCUGGACAACCCUAAGUGAUAUUCAUUUAGUAGUUUCUCUAUAUCGCUUGUCAGUAUGUCUUUUGGGAUUAGCUCUUGGGAUGAUGUCCUUGCCAUUCAUGGCUGCAAUACAUCUAGCAGUAAACAAACUUACUUGGCUUGCUUCCUACACUCUAUUCAUCGGAAUCGUCUCUUUUCUCAUUCUGUUGUUCAUGCUCACUUGUACCUUUCCAUUUAGAUUUAGCAACCCUUUUAUGCAAUACAUCUCCUAUUACAUUUGUCAGAUACUCAUUAUACUGUUAGGUAAUGAUUCCAUAGAGAACACAGGAGAACGUGAGCCUGAGGAAAUACAGCAAUUUGUGAAAGAUGAGCAGCAAAAGUCUUCACCAUAUGGACUAGACAAGCAAGAAAACUUGCAGCAGUCUAGCCAAGAGGAGCAGACGUCAUUAAAACGCAAACACGAAAGGAUAAUAGAUGCAGCAUGGCCGAGGUACACAUUAGCUGGCAAUGAUCUAGAUUUUACACUGCAACUAUUGAAUGUAGAAUUCUUUUUUAGAAUACCUCUUUGUGCUUUUAAGUUCUGUUGGUUCUUGAGCAGAGAAAAUGGAUAA